AUGGAAGAAGAUAAGGGAAAGGACGAAGCUGAGGAUUGGAAAAUAUACGAAGCUCUGUGUAGCAAAACCCCUACAGAGAUGGAAGCAGACGCGGGCAAUGAUAUAAUUACUGCACUAAGAAGUGAUUUAGCUGCACUCCAAUACAAAAGAGAAAAGUUAAUAUCAGAGAACAGCGAUUUAAAAAACCAAAUGCUUUCGAGAGAUCAGAGAAUCUUAGAGCAGCAGGUAGAAAUAGACCACUUGCGCGAACAGAAUGCUCGACAAAAUGCUAUUAUAUCCUCACUCAAAAAGAAGAUUCAAGACCUCGAAGAAAUUAACCGAAAUAUACAAGCAUCACACGGAAGAAGUGAUUUAACAGUGCAGACAUUACAAAGAGAUAACCGCUAUUGUGAGGAGAAAAUAAAAGAUUUGGAAAUAAAGCUCCGUUCUUUAGAGAUUGAAUGUCAUAAUGAAGAACAGCAAAAGGAAAAUGCCCGAUGUCAGUUCCAUGAUCUCGUAAGACGUCUCUCUGCGGCGUUAGAUUCUGAUUUUUGUGACACCACACAUACUCAUUCACCAGAAAGUCUCAUAAUAAAAGCAGCUGAAUUAGUUCAAGAGAUAACCAGACUUAAGAAUAAAUGCAUGAACACAACAGAAAAUUUGUCAACGGUAGAGCAAGAUUUCAGAAGCUGUCGAGAUACAUUAGAGAGAGCGAAUGCUGACAAAGAUAUGCUGCAAAGGCAGUUUUCUUCCCAAAUUCUUGAAACCGAAAGGUUAAAACAGGAGAAGGAAUCUUUAGCAGUUCAAAACAGGGUUAUAGAGCGCGACUUGCAUGAAGCAAGAGAGAAGUUAUCUCACUGUACUAAGAACCUUAAUGUGGUCACUGAUAAUGUCAAUCAAAACGAAUCUAUUAUUUUGCAGUUAAAAGAGGAUUUAAGGCAUCGCGAGGAAAAAUAUCAAAGGCUUCAAACAGAAUACCGCAGUACAUUGGAAUCGAUAGCAAUUCUUCUCAGUUUGCCUUCGAGAUUUGUAGAAGCUCACGAAAGUACUAUUAAGGAUAGAAUUCGUGAAAUAUUAAGCGAUAAUAAAGAUAAAUCUGUGCAAAUCGAGGCCUUACGAGACAAAUUGAAUAUGGAGUCACAGCAGCUAAGCCGAACUGGACAUUUACAUGAUCAGGCUACUACCCGAGUUCGUGUCUUGGAAGACGAGCGGAACAUUCUUGAGGCUAAAGUUCACAAACUUGAGUCAGAACUUAAUGCAGUGGAAGUUUCCAGAGAAAGUUUACGAAAGGAUAAAGCUAAUUUCGUGGCGUUCCUGGAACGGCUCAGUCGGACUCUGAACAUGGAUGAACUAACACAUGACAUAGGCAUCGAACUUCACACUGAGUCCAUUAUGCAUCGAGCUGAACAACUAGCACGACUUGAGAGCGACAAGAUCGUAGACAAGACAGCAGUAGUCUACCAGUUGCAACGCAGAAUCAGGAUUCUUAGAGAGCAGCUGCAAAGAAAGGAUUUACAUUUGGAUUUACUUCGUCGCAAACUAAGCAUACAAGAAGAAAGCUCCCGCGUCCGAGCAGUUCUACAGGCAGAACGUGACGAAGCAGUGUGCAGAAGUAAGAAGCUAGCGCGCCAAUGUGACAAGCUCACAGUGCAGCUCACCGACGCACGCGCACAGCUCAGGGACCUGAACGCGCAACUCGCAGACGCCGCAGAAUAUAAGAUAACAUCGUUAGAAAGGGCUCGCAAAAUCGAAGAAUUACAAAAGAAACUGGAGGAAGCGGACCUUCUUCGCGCGAGAUAUAAUAGAAAAGUGAACGUCCUCAAAGACCAAGUCCGUGCUACUGGCGAGACUUUCGAGCAAGAGAGGACAACUUCCGAACACCAGAUAGGAAUGCUAAGAGACGACCUGGCACGAACUAAGGAAAUGCUCAUGGAGUGCCAGAGGAGAGAGGCUCAACUACAAAGCUUCCGAAAUUCAAUCGCUAAGCUGCUGGGAAUAUUAGUGCCUGCUUCGGUAUCGGACUUUGAGAUGGUAUCGCGGCUUCAGAAGCUAAUCGAUGCGCACCACGACUUCACGGUGGUGUCACGGCGGUACGACGACCCGGCGCUGCUGCGGGCCUCCUCGCGCUCGCCACCACCGUCCCGCUGCCGCACCAGGACUCCAGACAGAUCUCUGCGUUAUGACGACUCGGGCUACGCGGAUCCCGCGUUCGACCUUGACGACGAACUGUACAAGACACGCGCCGCCAUGUGA